CCGCAUUUCUUUUUCUUUAUUUUACACCGUACUCAUUCUCCAUUUACCAACUAAUAACACACUUCAAUGGUUGUCAUCAAUUCAGCCUUGUUGGCUAAAAAGUUUCCACAGUUACCUGUUCACGACGUAGACAGGCUCGUAAACCAAUUCAGUCGCUUUGAUAUUGAUGGACGAGGCCAAAUCGAUCAAAAGGACUUGGUGAAGGUCAUCCAGGAGAUUGGCGAAGGUCAAUCUUAUGACCAGAUUCGCGCCACGAUUAAAACCGUUGAUAUUAAUGCCACUGGAAAAGUCGAAGUAGAUGAAUUUCUUGAGAUUAUUUCGAAGCUACGUGAAGGCGGCGCAAAUGUCCCAACGUCUGGCAAGAAGGUCAUUCAAGUUGGAGGCGCCAACAGCAGUAUUAAACAUUCUUUGAACGAUGAUGAGCGCUCUGAAUUCACAGCACAUAUCAACUCUGUCUUGGCAGGUGAUAUGCAUAUUGGAGACAGGAUUCCAAUUCCUACCCACACAAUGCAAAUUUUCGAUGAGUGUCGAGAUGGUCUUUUACUCUGCAAGCUCAUCAACGACUCAGUGCCAGACACUAUUGACGAACGUGUACUCAAUGUCAAAAAUAAGCUUUCGAAUUUUCAGAUCAUUGAAAAUAAUAACGUUGCUAUCAACUCGGCUAAAGCUAUCGGUUGUAGUGUUGUCAACAUUGGGCCCCAGGACAUCAUGGAUGGGCGUGAGCAUUUGAUUUUGGGUCUUAUUUGGCAGAUCAUUAAGGCUGGUUUGUUGUCAAAGAUAGACAUCCGUCUUCAUCCUGAGCUUUAUCGCCUGUUGGACGAGGAUGAGACCCUUGAGGCUUUCCUUCGCCUUCCUCCUGAGCAGAUUUUGUUGAGAUGGUUCAAUUACCACUUGAGGGCCGCAGGAUGGCACCGCACUGUUAGCAACUUCUCUGGAGACGUCAAGGAUGGUGAGAAUUACACCGUCUUGCUUAAUCAAUUGGCACCGGAUCUUUGCUCAAGAGACCCUCUUCGUGAGCAUGAUCUCCUCACGCGUGCUGAACAAAUCCUCCAAAACGCAGAAAAACUCAACUGCCGCAAAUACCUGUCCCCUCAGUCACUUGUUGCUGGAAAUCCUAAACUUAACUUGGCCUUUGUUGCCAACCUGUUCAACAAUCAUCCUGGCUUGGAUCCAUUAGAGGAGGUGGAACGCCCAGAGCUUCCUGACAUCGAAGGUGAUCGCGAGGCUAGAGUUUUCGCUCUCUGGUUGAACAGCUUGGACGUUGAUCCAUUUGUUAACAACCUGUACACAGAUCUCCAAGAUGGAGUUGUUCUCUUACAGGCAUUCGAUAAAAUGCAUCCAGGUAUUGUUGAUUGGAAGCGUGUUAGUCGUAGACAACCUCUCAACCGCUUCAAGCAGGUGGAGAAUACCAACUAUGCCAUCAUGAUUGGACAACACCUCCGCUACACCUUGGUUAACAUGCAAGGUGCCGAUAUUGUGGACGGUAGCCCCACGCUCACUUUGGGAUUGGUUUGGCAAAUGAUGCGUGAGAACGUGACGCAAACUAUGAAGAAGCUUUCCAAGUCUGGUCGUGAUAUCACUGACAUGGAGAUGAUUCGAUGGGCAAACGAAGCGGUGCAGCGUGGUGGCAAGACGAGCAAGAUCAGCAGCUUUAAGGAUCCCUCAUUCAAGACUGGUCUCUUUGUCUGUGAUGUAUUGAACGGAAUGCGCCCUGGCUCUGUCGACUAUACAAUGUUGACCCGUGGUAGCACAUUGGAGGAUGCCAAGAUGAACGCUAAAUAUGCCAUCUCUGUUGCAAGAAAGAUCGGUGCCGUUAUUUUCGUAUUGCCUGAGGAUAUCAUUGAAUGUCGUGCAAAGCUGAUCUUGACGUUUAUCGGCUCGUUAAUGGCCAUCGAUACCGCUGGCAGGGUCUAAGUAUUUUUUUCCCCCCUCUUUCACCAUAUAAUUACUAAUAUCCGUCUGAAUAAAGCAAUAAAGAAACAUAUUCCAGAGGAGCUUUAAUUGUGGAUAUU